UUUCUUAAUGUUGUUUUUAUUUAUGUGCUGCUUAUAUGGGCCCGUCUUACAAUGAGACGAUUUCAUAUAAGACUUGUUGGAUGGCAUUAGGGUAAUGGAAUUAUGGUAUUAUAUCCAAACCAAAUUCUAUUCAAGCAUAGAGAGGCUAAAAGAUCAGGCCAAGUAUCCAUCAAAAUUUGGGCUAAUCCAAGAAAAUCAUAUCAUCACAAUUAACUUAAUCAAAAAAGAAAGUUAACUAGUAAACUGCUAGAAUGAAUAUGAGAGCCUCCUCCAUUAAUUUUUUCUGGAUACCAUUAACAAAAAAGGUCAAUACCUUGAUACUGUUCCUAAUUAUUGGGAACACAUUCUUGGUAACGGGUCAGUCUACGGGUCGGGCACCUCCACCCGCAGCAAACCAAACAAACACAAAUGGGGCUCCAACAUCAGCAAGUGAAGGGAAGACACUAAGAAUAGCAGUACCAGUAAGUACUUACAAAGAGUUUGUGAGCAUUACUAAGGAUAACUUAACUGGAGAACAAAUAAUUAGAGGCUUUUCUGUUGAAGUUUUCAAGGCUGUUGUUAAUACAGCGUUAAGCAACUCCUUUUUAUACACACUUGUCCCUUUUGCUAAGUCAGAUGGAUCUUUUAAUGGAAGUUUUGAUGCGAUGCUUCAAGCCGUCUUUGAUCAGGAGUAUGAUGGAGCAGUGGGAGAUACUACAAUCAGAUAUGAUAGGUCGCAAUGGGUUGAUUUUACACUGCCAUAUUCAGAUACAGGAAUAACAAUGAUGAUUUCUACAAACCAACCAUCCAACAGAAAAACCGGAAUCAAAUUGAUGCCUUUGAUAAAGGGUUUGGUGUCCGCUGCACUUGUGUUUUGCUUUGUUAGUGCCCUUAUCUUUUGGUUCCUCGAAUUCAGAAAUGACAAAAGAAGACAGUCUCAGCAGGCACCAAUAAGUUCCCGCACACCCGGGCAACGUGCAAAUGCCGAUGACUUUUGGAGAAGGGAAACAUUAAGAGCAAUAAUCCAAACAAGGCUAGUAAUUGUGAUGUUGUUUCUAGUGUUGUUACUCUUAACCUCCUGCUAUGCAGCAAGCUUUACUUCAUUGAUGAGAGCACAAAGACAAAGAACCCCAAUAAGAACAUUAGAUGAGCUCAUAAGAAAUAGAGCAAAAAUAGGAAAUCAGAAGGGAUCUUUUGUACCUCGUUUGCUCAUCAAAAGAGGCUUUUCAGAAGAUCAGAUAAUGAUUUAUGAUACAGAACAGCAAAUUGUUGAUAUGCUUUCUAAGGGAAUUGAUCAAGGAGGAGUUUCUGCUAUUAUUGAUGAAACUCCUUAUCUCAAGGUUUUUCUUUCUAAGAAUUGCAAUAAGGGAUAUACUCUCGUACCUUCCUUUGAUCUUCAUGCUGAGGGAUUUGGUUUUGCAUUCCAGAAAGGGUCACCCUUAGUACAAGAAAUCUCAAAUGGGAUACUAAAAUUAAUGGACGAUGAUCAACUAGCAACAAUUCAACAUAGAACAAUUGGUAACUUUGAAUCAUGUGAAGAUGACCCAGAUGCUGCUAAUGUUGAUAACAAUCUCUUAGAUUAUGAUACUUUAUGGAUCUUGUUUGCUGGAGCCAUAGGAGUUUCUAUUUUGGUUAUCAUCUUGUAUAUGGUUUACUUUGGAACCUCUUGUCAUACCAUAAGGAAACUUGCCUAUCCCUGCUACCUUCUGCCUAAUUAUCAAGAAAGGAAAAACUAAUAACUUAAGUUUGUAAUGGUACUUUUAUAUAUUUGCAUUGUAUGUUUGUCAAUAUUGACUUGUGUAUGUAAUAUACAAUAUUGAUUGAUAACA